GCGGAGUUGCCGUUAUCUAGUUUCCAUUAAUAUUGCCUGCUGUUUUCAUUUACUUAGUCUGCUGUGAAAAAUUCUAGUGGAAACCCUGGAUGUAUAUGCAGGAAACAAUCCUUUGCUAGCAAUUUUUGGCCUGUAUGUCAAAACUUUUUAUUUCAAAUAGGUGAGAAAAUGGUUGCUGAGGCUGAAGAAGACCUUGCCAAGUACAAGGAAUAUGACCUCAUUGAAAUGAAGCAAGAUAUACUUGAUCAUGUUCAAGAUUCUACAAAUAGGAAUGGUGUUUCUCCCGAGGUAGAAUAUUUUCAGCUGAGAAAACAAGAAGAUGUUUUCAAUGCUUUAAACAAUGGACAACCAAGAAUAGUUACCGAGACAAGUAAGGAACGCCACAAGCUGAGAAGGGCCAACCAAAAGACAAAGAAAGCAAUUGAGAAUGCAGUGGAAAUAUACAACAUUGCUGCACAAGAUAUAGAAAAUGAAGUACAAAUAAAUUCAACCGAAAUGGGAUGUAUUCUGAAAGCUGAUUUCCCAUGGAGGUCGGACAUUACUCUGGGGAAGAAAAGAGACCUUGUUAAUAAGAAAGAAUCAUUUGAAAGACUUAAAGAGGAAGAGGUCCUCCUUAAAAAAGAAAUGAAACAAUUUCUAUUAUAUUACAAGUCUAAAGAUACAAAUGGAAAUGUAGGAAUGGAAAUGGAUGUAAACAAUAUCAACGAUGCUACAUAUAUGAAAGGAUUGGUGGGUUUACCUUUCUUUAAUGAUGAGGCCUAUGCUUGAUGAAACAAUUGUUGACAACACCUCGGAGAGUGAUGAUGAUUCUGAAUUGUCAGACUUGUCAGACAUAGAAUCAGACCAAGAGGAAAGAAUGGGACAAGAAAACAAUACACAAUUUAAUAUUGUCUGAACUUUGUUCUAUAAAAAGUGAUACAUCAUUAAAUGAUGAGUCAGUGAAAGGAUCAUAAUAUUAAUGUAAAUUAAAAAGUAUCGAAACUUUAAUGUCUAAAACUAACUCAAACAAUCCAGGUCAAAUCUAAGUUUUUGAAGUUUCUCUAAGUUUUCUAUAGCCUAUACUUCAUUAUUUCUUGUUGCGUACUGUAGAUUGGGUUCAUUUGGCGCUACUUCAUUUGGCGAUUUUGCCACUUUUUUGGCUAUUUAAUUUGGCGGACACUGGGGCUUGAACAUGCUCUGACACCACAACUCCCAUAUACACUGGAACAAAAUAUAAAUUGUUACACCCAUUCCUACAAUUCAACUACUAUAUUUUAAGCAGUUCCCCUGAGCCAAUUUAGAAGUGGCAUUUUCUUAUUAUCACUUUUAUCCUUUUUAGAUUUGUUAAAACUGACUUAAACACACCAAAUCAAAUUCCCAGAGAUCCUUUCUAAAUUUUGGCGAAGAUGUAAAUUGGUGUUUUUGGUCUAUUCUGCCAAAUCAAAGCAGGCCCAAAUUAACCCAAGCAUUCAUUACAAAUUGAGAGGUCAAAAAUUGAAAAGGCCAAAUCUUGAAAUUUUCCAAUAUCAUUCUCCAAUAUCAACUUCAUUUGUAUCAAUGUAAUGGAUUUUGUUGAAAUUCCAUUCACAUCCACAGUAUUCUAUUUAUAAAAUCUAUGUUACUUUCAACCUGUUAAUAGGGAGUUUAAGCUUGCAUUGUUUUUUUCACAACCUAGAGGUGUAUUGAAGUUAUUUAAAUGAUGCAUUUGUAUGGGUGAUGGUCAUACAUUGAGGUUUGCAUUUGGAUUUUAUAUGCAAGCUUAAACUC